GCGCCGGACUGUGUCCUGGGUUCAGAACCGCAGACACCGACCGCGCGUCCGCGUCCGCGCUCGCCGCCCGUCACCCCGUCUGCUGGUGCCGCCGACACUCUGGCCAUGAGCUCCGGGAUGUGGGUCGGUCCCUGGAAACCCCACCGGCCCAGGGGACCGAUCGCCGCCUUCUACAGCAGCCCCGGACCUAAGUACGGUCUCCGCGGCACGACCGGUUACGAGUUGCACGAUGCGACACGGUUCCGCUCUCCGUCGUACAGUUUCGGGGUGCCCCACGCCCGCCUGACGGUGGACAGCUCACCGGGGCCGGCCUACCUCGUGCCCUCGCUGCUCACCCACCGGGGCCGCGACGGAGCCCCCGCCUACUCGCUGUACGGGCGGCCCAAGGACCUCAAACCGUUCAAGACGCCGGGGCCAGGUUACUACGCUCCAGAGAACUCGGGGAAGUCGGCCUUCACCGCGGCCCCUGCUUUCUCCAUUGCUUCAAGGACCAGAGGGUUCCGGACUGACCAUUCCCCAGGUCCUGCAGCUUACAUCCUGCCGUCUGUACUGGGCCCCAACAUUGUCAUCAAGUCCUCUUCCGCCAACUUCUCUCUCAGUGGACGAAACAAAACGGGCAGUUUCCACGAAGACUUCCAGAAGACUCCAGGGCCGGGGGCGUACAGAGUCACUGACACCAGCGUCUACAAGCAGAAGCCUCCCCAGUUCAGCAUGAUCGGCCGGAACCAGCUGCCUGGGGACUCGACAAGGAAACCCGGCCCAGGGAGUCACAGCCCAGAGAAGCCCAGGUGAAUGGUCCCAAGCUGAACCACCGACUGUGCAGAUGCUGCCAGACACGCUCCCCUUUCAUUGGUCGGUAUCCCAACAUUACCUGCUGUCUAAAUGCUCAAAAAACUCUGCAUCCACCAAUCCCUGGAUAAUAAACGUCAUGUAUAUCUUUCAACUUUCACCCUCUCACCUUAAACCUAUCCUCUCUAGUCUUUGAUGCCAGAACCUUUCUCUCAGGAGGGAAAUGUCAAAGACUAGAGGGCACA